GUUUGAGCUAGGAGAAACAGUCACGCAACGUUGCAACCAAGCUUUCAACACAACCGACGCUGAGUCGAUCGACAUGCCAUACAAUGGUCGGCAGUCGCAAGCGUACAAGGACUACGGUGGGAGAAACUCGUUAAAAUGAUCAGAUUUGGGCAGCAUCGAAAAGACUGAGAGUCAUUCAUGGCAAAGAUUGACCUGGUUGUGUGUGCGUCACUUCUUCUUUUGAACAUUGCAGUAGGCAUUACGGUUAUUUGCCUUGUUGUAUCCAGAAAGCACGACACGCAGAUAAGUAACACAGAAAACUUGAAGCAAGAAAUCAGCAAGAUUUAUGAAGGACUAAAAAUAACGAACGGUCAUGAUGAUGAUGGUGAUCAUGAACAGAAAGGUGCAAGGCAACCGAGCUCAUCAGCAGCAUUCCUGAACCUACUGAAACCUGUAGCACAUUUCCCUGGACUUGAGUUCCGUGGACUCAAUGGAACGACAAGAAAUGACACACCAAUAAGAACAUGGGUGCCGUUUGUUGGACCAGGGAGACGACUCUUGUAUAACGGGAUGCGGUAUGAAAAUGGCAGCAUCAUAAUCCCCGCCACGGGUGUGUAUGCUGUAUACAGCCAUGUCAAGUUCUACACAGAAAGGAAUCGUCGGGGAGAUAACGAAACUGAUUUCCACCAUUCAAUAAUGAGAUACAAUGCACUAAAACAUACGAAUAAAACUGCACUUGCUGACGCAGUGUCUGAGAAUAAAAACGACAUCAUUGACGGCGCUAGCCUGGAAUACUCCAGUGACAUCGAUGGACUUCUGCAACUCAAUGCUGGGGAUCAGUUGGUUGUUAAAGUAUCAAAGAUAAAACCACUGAGGCAUGACAGAGACUGGCACUACUUUGGUGUAUAUAUGAUUUAAACGCUACAUCUAGGCAAUCUGAUAGGUUGUUGUGAUAAAAGAGUUGAAAGCAAAUUUCAGAUCUCAUCUUUUCCUCCUGUGGUCCAAUGGACGAAUGGUUGCAUGUC